UUUCCAUCGGCACGCCCGAGGGGGGCCGCCAGUUCUGCAGCACGCUCCCCUUCCCCCCGGAGCUGCUGCUGCUUGACCCUGACUACAAGCUGUACGGCCACCUCAAGUGCUACGAGGGCUUCAAGGCCAUGUUCAGCCCGCAAACCUGGGACGCGAUGAAGGCCCGCGAGUGGAAUGAGUUCAAGGCGCUCCUCAACAAGUACAAGAUGAUUGCGCCCAAGAGUGUGGACACCACCGCUGUGAUGGGAGGCGUGUUCGUGCUCGACAAUGGCAAGGUCUUGUUCGAGCAUCGCGACGUGGGCCCCGGCGUGCACGCGCCCAUGAAGGACGUGCUGGCAUCGUGCUGCAUCGCUUGAAACGCACAUGUUAUACAGCUGAAAGCUAUGAUACGAUGCGCGGAGCAGAUUCAUGCAUUAUAUAGAUGGAGUUUGGUUCGAGAUAUUGAGAGCUAGAGAUUGGACGGGCUUCGACUCACACAAGUAGCGGCUCAAGCUGAUGACCGGGUCUUGAACUGCCCGCGCUCCACCCACACAUGACGCCCCUGCGAGUUACUCAUUCCGCUGAAUGCAACAGAGCCGAGCAGUGUGCGAACGUGCGCGUGUGCUUGCGGGGCCAGGCUCGAGCCAAAGCCCCCAAUCACGCGCCGCGUGCGCCCUGCCGGCCGCCGGCGGCGGGGCUGAUAAUUAUAUCGCGCGGGCCUGCUGUCGGCUGAUUGCCGCCUCUCCUGGGGAGGAGGGGCGGGGCCGACGGGGGCGUGUCGCGGGGUGCGGCCCUGACUCAACCAGGGCCAAGAGCGGCGGGCAGGGCUUGCCGUUGACUUGCAGUGGAGAGAGCUGUCAUGGUUGAUUGGAUGGUGCGAAUGAACGUCGCCGGUGCCUUUCGUUAUGCCAGUCGUAGUAUCGCUUGUAUGCGGGGGGCGGGGGGGGGGGGGUAGGAAACAAAGUGCCAGACCCCAUGCCCCGGACUCCCCCGGGACCCUCCUUGAGGGGACGACCGACCCCCCACGGACAAAACCAUGUUGUUUAGGGGUUAAAACCCCUCCAUUUCAUACCAAAGUGGUGUCAAUCGACUCCUUUUGA